CUGCUUUGUGUCCAUACUCUUACAUUCCUUAAAACCUUAACACAUUCAAAGAUACCAUAUAUAGACUCCUCAAAAGAUAAUAGAAUUAGAAGCCUCUGACUCAUUGAUGAAGUUCACAAGAACCCUUUUCCAUCUAUCAAGAUCAUGCAUGAAUCCAUUCAAUUGACUGCAUCUUUGCCUCUUCCAAAGGAAACUGAUCAAACAACCUUAUAUCACACCUCUCUCUUUCUCUCUCUCAUAACUUAUUAUUAGGGUUUGCUAUCAAUAUCAUAAGUACACCAUCAACCAAUCUCUAUGUUGCCUCAAAACAUAGCUUCCAAACAAGCCAACAAAGAUGAAGAUCAAAGCAUGGGUGACGGUGGAAGUGGUGCACAGAAUACAUCUUCAUGGAAGCCACCGGAGCAAAUCCUCAAGUGCCCGAGAUGUGAUUCUUCCAACACAAAGUUUUGCUACUACAACAACUAUAGCCUCGCCCAGCCCAGACACUUCUGCAAGGCUUGCAAAAGAUACUGGACUAAGGGCGGGACUCUUCGCAACGUCCCCAUUGGGGGCAGUUGCAGGAAAAACAAGAAGACAAAAUCUUCUUCCUCCAAAUGUUCAUCUUUGGACAUUGGAGGGAUGAAGUUUUUCGGUCUUGGUCUUUCGACACUUGGGGGAUUAAACUUCCCUCCUAGGGUUAGUAACCAAUUCUCUCCUCUGGCUAAUCUUGAUCCAUUAGGGUAUAAUCUCCCAUUUUCGUCAUCUCAACAACACAAUGAAAAUGGAGAGUUGGGAAGUUUUCAUCACAAUACUGAUCUUGCUUCUUCCAUUGAGUCUUUGAGUUCUAUAAACCAAGAUUUGCAUUGGAAGCUUCAGCAACAAAGACUGUCUAUGUUGUUUGGUGGCGGUGCAGAGAACGAUCAACGACAACAAAAACAACAAGUUGUUCUUGAACCACAUCAUCAGAAACUACAACCUAUUUUGUUUCAGAAUCUUGAGACUUCAAAACCAUCCCAAUCCACUAAUGAAGGUUCUUCAAUAAAAGUGACCGCUGAUGGCUGCGGUUUGGCAACCGAGUGGUUCUUCGACAACAGCUAUCAUGCAGCGGCGAAUCUGAACCCAACGACUUCAGCUAAUAGCAGUGGUGCAGGGAAUGAUCAUCAAAACGGAAACGUGAACAACUGGAACGGGAUUCAAUCUUGGAAUCACUUGAAUCAAUACAGCUGAUCAGUUCCAUAGAUUCAUAUAAAGAUCAGAUGAGGAUAAAAGAACCUUAUUAAUCACUAAUUAAGGUAGCUCUUUUGAAUAACUUCUUAUUGUAUUAUCUUGUCUACUUUUGUGUUGGUACUAAUGUCAUUCAGUGAUGGAUCCAGCCCUGUUUUGUGGGUUCACAUGAACCCACUCAGUAUAGAAAAAAUAGAAAAAAAUAUUGAGAAUCUUGUAUGAUAUGGAAAAAUUUAGUGAAAGUCUACCAAAACGAACCCACUGAAAAAAGUUUCUGAAUCCGCCACUGAUGUCAUUAACAAUAAUUUGUCGGCAAUGAAACCAUGUCAUUAACAAACAACUACCAUAUGUCUUAAUAUUCCAAUGAAGAUUAGUGGUGAAAUUAAGUUGAAACUUAAUGUGUUAGUGUAGAAGAUUAGGGGGGAGGGGGUGGUGAUCACUCAUCACUUACAACAUCCAAUCAAGUUCCGCCAUAUCAUCAACCAUUAUUCCAUCGCUCACAACCUUUUUUAGUGGAAAUGGUCAUCACUCACAACUCCCAACAAUAAACCCUCACAACCCAACAAAUCAAACAACACCUACCAUUCUUCACGGCGUGAUAAUUCUCACGCGUUACAAAAUCGACGAGUGAUAGUCGAUGGUGGCGGUGGUGUUUUCACGCGUGAUAAUUUUCAUCACGGACAAAAGAUCUACCGCCCUGCCUGCCCUUAGUAUUGUUUGAUACAUGCAUUUGGGAGGUGAGGUACGGCAAUGGUUUGGAAAGACGUAAUUACGUAAGUACAUUUGAUUUGUUUUUUAGUAACUGAUCGCU